AUGAUCAAUUCAACCUCGGCCAGGGUGAAACCCAGCUUGAUUCCCGCGAAUCUGACCAACCUUCGUAGGGUAAUACCAGGGAAUAUCUUGGAGCUCCAGCCACCACCACCCCAGUGGUUCUCGCACUUUUAUGAGCGCGAUGCAGUGGCUUCAGACAUGGAAUCAGAUAUGCUUGUUGAGAAGUUGGCCCCUAACCACAACGGGGCCCACUUGUCGCGUGAUACUCUUAGCUGCAAAACAUUUAUGGGUGAAGCUGAACUUUUCCGCUAA